AUGAAUCAUUUUGUUAAGAAUGGAAAGGGUGGUGACCUAAUUGUAAGGGAAGGAGAAAGCAGUUGUAAAAUGUAUAAAUCCUUGACCAUUGUUUCAAGCCUCAGAUUAGACAGUACUUCAAUAAAAAGCCAAUCUCCUUGCAUGACCAAAGAAAUAUUUCAAGGCAGCUGGGGGAAACCAAAUUGCCAUUUCCAGUCCAUUGGGAUGAACAAUCCAAAUGAAGUAGAAGCAAAAGUGAUCCAAGGACUAGGGGUUUUUCUCAUUGUCCUUCUCCGGGAUUCUAAUGGUGAAAGGAGAAUCAAAGAAUGCUUUCAAGCGUGUCCUCAACAGGCAUUUAUCAGGAGACUGCUUUGCAAGCAUGCAGUACUCUCGUUGGAAAGACGUAGAGAAGAAUAAAUUACAUAUUCAAGAAACAUUCCUGCAAUGUAUCAUAGGGAGGCAGACAUCAGCUAUCUUUCAAAUGAGAACCCGCACCCGAGGCUAAUACCUACAGAUGGAUGUUAUAGCAGUGAAGCUGCCCAGCUUUCGUACGUUUUUAUAAAUCAAUGAAAUCACUUUGCAGUUGCUGUGUUUAGAUCAUUAACAAUAAUACUUCAGUGUAUCUAUGAAAAGCUUCUUGAGUGUACUGUAUUGCUAUACAAUCUACAUCUUGAAACUGCAUUCUUUUCAAGUUGUGAAUGCUUCUUGUUUCAAUUGCACUGGUAGGUCCCUAC